GAGGAAAGGAAAGAAAAGGAUCCUUGUCGGCGACUCUUACUGAUUACGUGAGUUCCUUACCAGUUUUAAUCAGGAUCAGGUGCUUUUGGGCAUGCAACAAAAACUUGACAAUUUAUGUGAACAGGUGAAUUAUUUCAAGGAUGAGCCUGAAUGAUUCUACACAUGCCUUUCAGCAGUCAUCAAAAGCAAGAACGAGCCAUUGAUGACUUAAAUAUCCUUCACUAUGUUCAUGCUUACCUUACCUUAAAUUUCCAUCAAACUGGUGCGACAACAUGGCUUCAUGAGUUACGCACUGUUGAGAAAUAUGCAGUUCAUGUAACAACAUUAAGAAACUGUGGAGCCAUUUUGUUAGAAAAAGCCAAUAUGCAUGAAGUGGGCAUGGGUUCUAAUGGAAUUGACGAUUUAAUCCCUACCAAUAACAGGGUUGAUGUUGAUGAUGGUUAUACGUAUUCUGGAGAUGCAAAUGAUACAGAUUUUCUGAAUUUUGAUGAUGACGAGGCUGGCAAACCUGAUGGGGAAGAAAUAAAAAUGCUUUACGACAGUGGAUGGUCUUCGCGUACAAGGGCUGUUGCAAAAUACCUGCAAAUUAUGUAUGCCAAGGAAGAAGGAAUUUGGUUGGUGUGAACAACCUGUUGACUGGAAAAACACGCAAGGAAGCAUUAAGAAUGUUCUUUGAAACACUGAUGCUUCUAGGGCAUUUCCACUUCAUUUUGGGUUAACUAGUCCUGGUAACAUGAAUGUAAUGCAGGGAUAUUUUGAUGCAAUCUUGCUAAGGAGGAGACCAUUGUUGUUGUUUUAUCUGGACUAUAAUGUUGGUUUAUCUCUUUAUGGAGAUAACGCUAAACCAAAGACAUUCGCAACACGGUUUGCUAUACCCGAUGGGUAAAACUGUAAUUUAAGUUUUAUCUUUGUAUUGUUUUGUGUUAAUAGUUCUUAUGCUAUCUGUUUAUCUUAGGCCCUGCUUCUCUUUCCCUAUUACAUCAAAUGUUAUAUGAAUAGUAAUUUGUAACAGUUAGAACAUAAAGCCUCAUGUUCUUCACUUACUCUAUUACCUUCAUUUUUCUACGAUUUGUAAUUGUGUAGGUGGUGGAUUCCAUGUUGAGCUCAGUAGAAGAUUCACAGAGGACACAGUAUGCACUCUUUUAGCUUUAUCAUCUAAAAUAUGUGGUGUAACAUGUAGGAUUUUAGAUCCAAAUUUAGUUAAAAAACAUGAUGAAUACACCAAGUUUUCAUUAAUAAAUCUUAAACUUCUAGCUCUGGA